AUAGAAUAACUGUACUAAGUGACACAUAAUUAUAACGCCUGUGUGUAUAGACUAUAGUCAUACUAACAAUGUACAGUUGUACGUACAGUCUACCUAUAAUUUCUGUAUUGAAAGGUAUCUGUAUUGUAUAGAGCUAUUUCAUGUGACGUCACAGUCACGUGAAAAAUGCCUAGUCAGCCAUGUUGGUGUACAGAUAUUCAUAAUAUCACAGCCAAAAAGAAGGGUGGGGCUCACCAUAGAUACUAUAAAUCACAGUCAUGGUUUUGUGCGUAGUGAUAGGCUGCUCGAAGCGCUCUGGGCGAGAUAAAGAAGUAUCCUUCUAUAGAAUUCCUGCUAUAAUAAAUGGCAGGAGUGCUGUUGAGAAAGAGCUCAGUAAAAAAAGGAGAAACGGAUUUCUGGCUGCCAUUUCACGAGAAGGUCUCACCAAUAAGAUAUUGGUGAACGAUCGAAUUUGUUCAAGACAUUUCAUUUCUGGGAAGCCCGCCUAUCUUUUUGAUAAGAAUAAUCCUGACUGGCUGCCUUCCUUACACCUUGGCCAUGAGAAACAAAUGAUUGCUGAUGUCUCAAGAUGGGAGAGAGCCAAAAAAAGGAGCAGCAGCUUACUACCGAUUUACUCUGAUGCUGUUGAUGAUGAUGCGAGCGCGAGUGCGAGUUUACCUGUAGAUGGGAGUGCGAUUGUACCUGUGGACAAUGAUGAGAACCAAGCGAGUGCGAGUGUACCUAUACUAAUAGACAGUGAUGAGAACCGUGCGAGUGCGAGUGUACCUGUAGAUGAGAACAGUGCGUGUGCAUAUACACAAACAGAAGAAUCAUCCAGUGUUGUUGAUUUAAGGAAGAAGUUAACCGAUUGCCGUAGCAUUAUUGAAGAUAUGUCUAAGAGGCUUAGCGAAGUAUUGCCACCCUUUUGUAUAAGAUCUCUUCAGAAAGACGAUGAUGUCCGGUUCUAUACAGGAUUGCCCAAUGCCAGAGUAUUGAAAGCAGUUUUUGAUCAUGUUACAGCAUCACAAACCUGUUUAGACACAUGCCAAAAACUUUCUUCUUUCCAACAGUUUGUGCUUGUGAUGAUGAAAAUUCGUUUGAAUUGUCCGAAUCAGGAUAUUGCGUUUCGAUUUGAUGUUUCUACUGCAACUGUGUCUCGAUUAUUAUUGAAAUGGUUAAUCACAAUGGAUAUUCGACUCAACAAGUUGAUUGUGUGGCCUGUGUUGAACAGUACACCAUGCGUGGGCGGAUGGAUGAAAUGGAUCACGUGAUGAAAUAGCUCUAUA